AUGCCUUUGAAAGCCAAGAUUCUCGACUCCAAAGUCGCGUCGAGAGCGAUGUCGACAAAAUAUAACGAGGUCAUCAAGCCCCUAAAGGACGACGAACCCGAAGAUGUGGUAUUCAACAGCUUGUACGGUCUGCGCACCGUUGAGCUCAACCGCCCCAAGAAGUUGAACUCCCUCAACGGCUCCAUGAUCCGAAAGAUCGUCCCACGCCUCAUCGAGUGGGAAAAGUCCGACCUGGCAAACGUUGUUGUCAUGAAGGGUGCUGGCGACCGCGCCCUAUGUGCAGGCGGAGAUGUCAAGGCCCUGUCCGACCUCAACAAGAAGGGGCCCCAAGGACAACAGGAGUCUAUUGAUUACUUUGGCCUGGAAUACAAGCUCGAUCACCUCAUUGCAACAUACAAGAAGCCCUACAUUGCCUUCAUGGAUGGCGUCACCAUGGGCGGGGGUGUCGGCCUCAGCCUGCACGCACCUUUCAGGCUGGCUACCGAGAGGACUGUCUUCGCCAUGCCCGAGACCACCAUUGGCUUCUUCCCAGACGUCGGCGCCUCAUUCUUCUUGCCACGGUUGGCUGGCUCGGUUGGAACAUACCUCGCUCUGACCAGCGAACAGCUGAGGGGUGCAAAUGUCUUCUACACUGGAAUCGCCACUCACUACCUGCACUCUUCCACGUUGGCCAAGCUCGAGUCCCGUCUAGCUGAGUUGCGCUUCAGGGAUUACGAUGACACCAGGAAACGACUGGAGAUUAUCGAGAUGACCAUUGAGGAAUACGCUACCGGUCUUCCCCCGCUGGACCGAGAACCUAUCCUGAUUGCUGGCGAGCUCCGCAAUGCCAUCGACAGAUGUUUCGGCAAGGCGACUGUGGCUGAGAUCAUGCAAGCUUUGGAGCAGGAGCAGGGUCCUACGAGGGAGUGGGCCCAGAAGACAUUGACUACUUUGCAAAAGCGUUCGCCUACGUCGGUUCAUGUGGCCCUCAGGCAGAUGCAGGUAGGCCGAGAGUGGAGCAUCACCGAGACUUUCCAGAAGGAGCACGAAAUCGCGGCACAGUUCAUGCGACACCCCGAUUUUGUCGAGGGCGUGGACAAGCAAUUAUCCAAGGAGCGCGGAACGCCACAGUGGCAGCCUGCGUCUCUGGCCGACGUCCACGAGUCCGGCCAAGACGUUGCAGGACCGUUCUUCCAGGACGGUGCCAGCGGUGUGGAGAAGCUACAGACUCUGGUAGACCGGGACUAUGAUGAGUACCCCCACCUAUACGUCGGUGUUCCCACAGAAAAGGACGUUGAACGGGCUGUCAAGGGAGCUUCCAGGUCCAAGCGCCAAAUCGCCGACGAUUUCGUGCAGCUGAAGAAGGGCAGACAAGGUGUCAGGACCAUUGUAGAAGAGAUCCUGGCCAGGAAAACAUACGAGAGCGGAGAGGGUGCAGCAACCUGGGUGGAUGCAACAUCAUAA